UCUAGCUUAUUGUUCGUCAAGAUUAUUCUUCACUGGAAGUUUGACGCUGUCAAAACGAUGAGGGGUAGAUUUGGUUCUGUUUUUGUGAUUCUUGUGCUCUUAACAAUCGCGCGGAGUCGAAAAAUAUAUUCAGGAAAAGACAUCGACUUGAAACGUUUAUGCGGAGUAUGGUAUCUAACAUUUGGUGUAAAUAACUGGGACUGGAAUGUUUUGUGGGGAUGUCACCUCAUGGUACCUUUCAACACAACAGAGAACGAUAUGAAUGUUUAUUCAUACAAAUAUCCCAAGAACAAAUUAGAUGCUCAUGUUUCAAUCAUCGAUGAUGUGAGGCGGGAUUCUUUGGAUUAUUAUUGGAUAUAUUCACAAAUGGAUGGUCAAUGGGAGAACAUCAAAUUGUUCAACGAACAAAGAAGAUCAGGCAUCAUUAAUAAAUCCUCUCAAGUCCAAGAUAAACAAUGGUAUCAUUCUCAUCGACAUCGCUUUUAUACAGACUACGAGACAUAUCUCUGUGUGCUGUCGUCUGCAAGCGAGGAUCGAAAAAUUCUGCAAUGUUUCACCCGGACUCCAUCGUUAUCUGGCGAGGAUAUUUCCUCGUUGACGUCGUUUGCAACUGAACAAGGAAUCGACGCAGCGACGUUAACUACCUUCGGAUGUGGAGAUCUGGUUCCGACAAAUUAUUUGUUGGGUUAACAAUAGUAUAAGCAUUUUUGUGACAUGUCGUUUUAGUUGUAAUAAUUCAGAAGUGGUCUUAAAUCUUUAUAAAACAAAAACACCGAUUAUACAAGUAUAAAAUUUGUUGUGAUUUAUCAAAAAUUUGAUUCUUGACAUAUUAGGUGGGAACAUUCAAACCGUUUCUUCUUAAUGCAUAAUCACACAAAAAAUUUUAUUCCUGAAAUUGAUUUCAUCAUUGUUUGAAAUAAAAGAUCUUCAAGAUCUAUACAAUAUCGCAAUCAGUUAUUGGAGACGUCUUGGUUCAAAUUUGUAAAAGCUUCCGGCUUGCCACAAUGGAGAUAGUUUUGCAAUUGACUGUAAAAUCAUAUUUAUUUUGCACAAAAUAUGACGAAGUCGUCUU